GUUUAAAAAAAAACAGACUUUUUAAAACAAUAACAUAAACCUUUAUAUAUAAAAAUUUCAUUUUUUAAAAUGUGCUUUGCUGUAACUUGUCAAACCUGUAAUAAACAAACUUGGCAGGGAUGUGGAAAACAUGUUGAGUCAGUUAUGAGUAAAAUACCAGUUGAGGAUCGUUGCACCUGUAAAAGAGAUGACAAUAAAAAACCAGAAACUGAAAAAAAAACCGAACCUAAAAAGGUGAAUAAAUAAUUAUAUAUAUUAUUUAUUUCCCUCAGAAAAUAAUUGUUAUUAUAUUUUAUUAUUAUAAAAUGAUUUCUUUGUUCAUCAUAAUUAUGUAAUUUAUAAUAAUCAUUAUUAAUAAAAUUUUUAAGAAAAUAUUAAGGUUAUAAGCACCAUACAUAAUUGGAAUUCUUCAUAUACAAAAACAAUUAAUAAAAUUUUUGUUUCAUAAAGAAAAAAUAAAAAUAAUAAUAAUAUUUCUUUGAUAUAAUAGGUAAGUUCUUUCGAG